AUGGAGCAAGAACAAGAGAAUUACAAAUCAAGAUUGUAUCAUUUCAAGAACAUGAGCGAACACUCAGCUUCAAGACAUGUUAAAAGCUGGAGCUCAGAUUGCGCCUUGAAAAUGGAUGGUUCGGACAGUUUUGAUGAUGAUGAUAAUGACAGGAUGAUGUUCAGAAGUCAACCCGGGAAUUUUGGCAGCGUUGACCGGCCGCCUUUGCCUUUAAGCGGUGACGCAACGCCCAACCGCAGCGACAAGAUUGGUACUCCGAGGAUGGUUUCAUGUGAAUCCAUGGAGGCGCAAUUACAAGCAGCCAUGGAGCAAAUGAAAGAAAGGUUUUCAAAACUGCUUCUUGGAGAAGAUAUGUCUGGAGGAGGAAAGGGCGUUUCUUCGGCUUUGGCUUUAUCUAAUGCAAUUACCAAUCUCGCAGCAUCUGCCUUUGGAGAACAGAGGCGUUUAGAACCAAUGCCGGCUGAUAGAAAAGCGCGGUGGAGAAGAGAACUUGGAUGGCUUAUCUCUGUGGCGGAUCACAUAGUUGAAUUCGCUCCAACGCAACAAACAAACAAAGAUGGAUCUUCAAUGGAAGUCAUGACAACAAGACAGAGAACAGAUCUUCUCUGCAACAUUCCUGCACUUAAGAAACUUGAUGCAAUGCUUCUUGUAAGAACUAUGAACAGAAAAAAAAAGGACUAA